CGCCUCAUCCCUUGCCUGAGGAAAGUUGUUACCUUCGACCGCUUAUUCCGGCAAAAGGCACCCUAAUAAUGCUCCACGAGAUUAUCAAAAAUGAUCUGCCUCAUUUAAGGCAAUAGUUUCUUUCCAUGAUUUCCAUGAUGUACAAGAAAAUCAACUUAGUCGGUGAACAGUCGACGGUCGGCAUUCCACUGAUUGGUCCAAGGCUUGAGCCUCUUGGGCCCUUGAGACCCGAUGUACAGGGAGAUCUGCAGGGCUACCUCGUGUUCCCAUCAGGUGAACAAGUGGGCCUCGUGAGAUCCUACCUUGUUACCGAAUCCUAGAAAUUUCACCUCGACUUACCCCGCACGUAUUA